AUUAGCGAACCAGUCCGAUUGACAGUAAAACUGUAGCUCCAAAAGUCAUAGUCCCAACUCCCAACCUGUGUUUGGUUUGGUCCCCCGGUUAUCACAAAUCAGAGUCCUCGGAAAAACACAGAGCUGAGUGUCGGUCGGAGUUGGAUCCAAUAUGAAAGUCCUCGGAAUCGAUUUCAGUUGCGCUUUGGGUGCUCUCAGCAAUGGUCAGUUUCCCGACAAGGAUUGCUUGCUUCCCCUUAUUUCCACGCUCCUCGGCUACGCCAUCGUCGCUGCUUCCACCACCGUCAAACUCCCUCAGAUAUUAAAGAUUUUGGAACAUGGAAGUAUUAGAGGUCUUAGUAUAUUGUCAUUUGAGCUUGAACUAGUUGGUUACACGAUUGCUUUGGCAUAUUGUCUUCAUGGAGGGCUUCCCUUCUCAGCUUAUGGGGAAUUGGCCUUUCUUUUGAUCCAAGCUUUAAUACUAGUUGGCAUCAUGUAUUAUUACUCCCAACCUGUGGGCAUCAAAAGAGGGAUGGCGGCAUUACUAUAUUGUGGUUUAGCACCAACCAUAUUAGCAGGUCGAAUCGAUCCAGUUCUUUUCGAAGCUCUAUAUGCAUCACAACAUGCAAUUUUUCUCUUUGCCAAGAUCCCACAGAUAUGGCAGAACUUUUCUAACAAAAGUACAGGGGAGCUCAGCUUCUUGACUAACUUUAUGAAUUUUGGAGGUUCCAUGGUGAGAGUUUUCACCAGCAUCCAAGAACAAGCUCCAAAGAGUGUUUUGUUGGGCUCUGUACUUGGUGUUGCAACAAAUUCCAUCCUAGUGAGUCAGAUACUAAUAUACCAAAAGCCGAAGUCUCGUGCUGAGAAGGAGAAGAAAACGGAGUAGAAGAAUUUGUUUUCCACAUACACUAUAGCUAGUAGGAUACAGCAGUUGCAGCAAGCGAGCUAGUAAUUCUACAGUUGGUCACUACCAGUUCCGAGAAAAGGAGACAACAAUAUUCAUCCAUCUGUUACUCUUUUCAUAUGAACCAUCCAUUGGUUUAUUUUGUUUUUGCCAAACAGUGAAUGUUGUUGGGAAAUUAUGGUGGAUUCCCCUUUACCUCUUUUCCUUUUUCAAAGUUACACACUUACAUGUAGUUUCCUUCUUUAUGAUUGUCGCUUUGAGCUUUACAUGUCA